AUGUGGAGCUUUCUGAUCGUGUUGUUCAUCUUGUCUGACAGAUGCUGCAACAACGUGAAUAAAAUCCAAAGUAUUGAGGAAGGUUCAGUGACCAUCAGCUGUCCGUACGACUCUCAGUCUGUCGACAAGCUGAAGUUCCUCUGCAGAGGAAACCGACCCUCCACUUGUCUUCAGCAGGCAGUGAUCACCUCUAGCAACACACAAAAUGGACGAUUCAGACUCUCUGAUGACAGGAAGUCAACAAUAUUCACAGUGACCAUUUCCAGUCUGACCCUGGAGGAUUCUGGGUCGUAUCUUUGUGGAGUCAAGAGAAACUCAAGAUUUGAUGAUUUCUCUGCUGUUGAGCUGGAGGUCAAAGAGUGGUGCUGUGUGGAGUCAAAGAACAUGAGUGGCAUUGUGGGACGUACUGUAACCUUCCAGUGUCCUUAUCCACAUCAUCAUCGUAACAAUAUGAUGUUCCUCUGCAAAGGAGACCAGCGCAGCAACUGCACAUACAUGACUUAUCAAGAAAGAUUCACACUGCAUAAUGAUAAUGACACAUUUUUUUCUGUGGUGAUCACAAAACCUGAAGCAGAGGAUUCUGGGACAUACUGGUGCAGAUUAGACCCCUAG